AUGGAAAACAAAGAUUUGAUACCAUCCGAAAAGCAUCAAGUGGACGAAGAUCAGGAUGUGUGGAGCAAUCUUCCACCAGAGCUUUUAAGUUUGGUAUCAUCAAAUCUCUUUGCAGGGGAUAAAGCGAUUUUCUAUGCAAUUUGCAAAACAUGGCGAUCAAUCCCCAUUACUCCACCACGUCCACUUCCUUCUCCAUUCGAUCAUGCAUUUCCAUGGUUGUUCCGAAUCCUCAAAAGCAAUAUUGACAGAGGCCAAUUUUUUCACCCCAUACAUAAUUACACUUGCGAGUUGGACCUUUCAGCAGAAGUAUUAGGUGCUGAAAUCCGCUUUUCAAAGUAUGGUUGGCUACUAAUGACUAGAGAUGAGGUGCAUCCAUUUCUCUUCAAUCCUUUGACAAAAGAAAUUAUUGAACUUCCUGAGCUGCCUCCCCUAGAAUGGGUGCAUUCGAUGUUCUUUACUUCUCCACCUUCCCCAGAUUGUUUGGUUCUCGGAAUCGAGGGACGAUUUUAUUUAGUCUCCAUUUUUGUCCAUAAACUAGGAGAAGAUUCUUGGGAAAUGCAUAAUUUUCCAUGUCACGUAAAGUUUCGAUUAUCUGUUUGCAAUCCAAUUUUAUACAGAGAAUUAUAUUAUUGUUUGGAUGCCAAGGGAAACUUGGGAGUAUUUGAUCUGAAAAACAUAGAAAAUAGUUGGGAUACCUACAAAAUAACUUUUCCAUCACGCCGUAUCAAGUCAAUUGUUCAAGCAUAUCUAGUUGAAAACGAAGAAGAAUUGUUAGCCAUUCUCAUUACAAAGGACGAUCAGAAGAUUCAUGUUUUAAAGUUGAACCUGACAAGUAAGACAUGGGAACCAGUUCGAAGUUUGGGAAGGAACAUGUUGUUCGUCAGUAAAGGUGCAUCCUUCUCCAAAACGGCUGCCGUGAGAGGAACCAGUAACAAAAUUUAUGGUCCAAACUUUUGGGAUAAAAAUGGCUCGUUUUGCUUCUACUCACUCGCAACUGGAAAGUAUCAUUCUUUCUUUGAUAAUCCCUCUAGUAAAGAUUCCUAUAAUAUUAAAUUCCUUCAACAAAGCUCUUGGUUUAUAUCUAUGUAA